AUGGCGGACACAGAAAAGUCGGUGAAGAUUGAAGAAGGAGACCCUCAAAGCGUACAGGAUCUGACUGGAUUUGUACCAUUCGAUGUUCAGCACGUUAGCUUAUUCGUUAACUUUAUACCGGGCUUAAAUGAGCUGUUCGUUCCACUUACAAACGUGUCUUUAGUCAUUGUUGUGCGAUUGCACUACACUGCCAAUAGUUUUAGGCGAUUCUUAUUAAUUUAGGCCAUUCCAUCGACGUUUAUUUAAGAUUUAAACGACAAAGUUCUUGUUGUUUUCUCCUUUUUUUUUCUUUGUUUCUUUCUCUCGACAGGUGCAAACGUUACUGCAGCAAAUGGUAAGCAAUAAAAACAUAACAUCGAGUCUAGUUUACUUGUUUUGUUUGCUUUUUCCGUUUAUAAGAGCAAAAGUUUUCUAUUCUGAUUUGUUUACAGCAAGACAAGUUCCAGCAGAUGUCAGACCAGAUCAUCACAAGAAAUAUCCUUUAUUUUUUUUUUUUGUCAAAAUUCAUAGUGUUAACACAGGGUUUUAAAAUAAUCAUAAGCGCCGAACAUUCAAUUUUUACGGAUGAUCAAUGUUUUGCGUUUGUCUACUCAAAAAGGACGCCUAUAAAUUGGCUUUGUUUAUAGGAGAGAAUGUACUUCAUCGCUGAUAUAAGCCACUCUCUGUACAUAUAACCAUGUCUUCAGUCAUUUCGGCACUCUUGUGAAGCGACACGUAAAAUAUCAAGGGUCGGUGUCUAUUUUUUUUAAUAGUUCGUUGUCGUGAUUCUGGAAUUUUUUGGAACCAAAUUAUUCCAUUUUCUACCACGUAAUUACUAUUGUAGUCUUGUGGCAAUAAUUACAGACACAAUGAGUCAAAGAUAAUUCCAGGAUGAUUGUCUUCUGAAAGAAAAUACUGUAUGCAGUUAACAUGUAUAAAUGGUACAGGUAAUGAUCUUUAUCUGCCCAGUGAUAGUACUAAGUUGCCUCAUUGCUUUGUCAUUUCCAUUUCCUUUUCAUUUCGAUCAGUGUAUUUAAGGACAGAAUUCUAUUGUUAUUCAUAUUUUACCUGUCAAAUGUGCAGUUCCAUAAAAUAUCCAUACCCACCAUCAUUGGAAAUUCCGAGGAGGGGGGAAGGGGGGGUCUCAAUAGCCAAAGAAAAUGGGAAGUUAAACUGGGAAGUCUAGGAGGGGGGUGGGUGGGAGGGUUCAAACCAAAGAAGCAUCCUUGGGGGAGUAUUGGAUAUGAUCAAUGUACAAAUAUCUAUUAAAAACUAGCUAUGGUAUAUUGUGAAUCCUGAAUUUUGAUUGGUUGACGUGCAAUGGUAUAUGAGCUCAUAUACCAUAGACCACUAAUAUGUUAGGUUUGUGCAUCUUUUUCACAAUGAUCAUAACUGAUUUUGAGGUAUUUCUUUAGGUGUUUUUAAUAAAACAAUUAUUCCGCUCGCGCUUGUUGGAUAUAUACAGUGUAAGAUAGUUAUAACCAACUUGGCACUACGCGACUCGUUGGCUAUCUACCAUCUCAUAUCCAACACGCACUCACGGAAUAAUGAUUAAUUAUCAAAAACUAGCUAUGGUAUAUUGCAAAUCCUGAAUUUUGAUUGGCUCACGCGCAAUGGUAUAUGAGCUCAUAUACCAUUGGCCACCAAUAUUUUAGGUUUGCAUGUCUUUUUCGCAAUGAUUGUAACCGAUUACGAGGUAUUUGUUUGGAUGUUUUUAAUAAAACAAUUAUUCCACUCGCGCUUGUUGGAUAUCAGAUAGUUAAAGCAAACUUGGCGCUACACGCCUCAUUGGCUAUCUACCAUCUCAUAUCCAACGCGCGCUCGUGGAAUAAUUGUUAAUUAUACAUUGUUGUGGUGGAUUGGUGGGAAAUCUCGCAAGAAAGGCUCAUCUCACAUGCAAAACUACCUGUCUGCAAAGUUCUGACAAAUGGAAAGUGCCUAAGACAAUUUUUUUUUGGGGGGCAAAAUAUAUUAUCGCUAUAGUUCCUUGACCAAGGGCACUUGAUGACAUGAGCACUCGGAUUGACGAUUUGGAGAAAAACAUUGGUGAAUUGAUGAACCAAUCCGGGGUGGAUGAACCAGAAAAGUGA